AUGCAUUCGUUCCCUCUGUGGGUCGUGAAGUUCGCCAUACUGGAACAAUGGGAAGAUGAGAACCCUGUGUUCCUGAACGGCGCCAGGGACGAAUUGGUCGAAUGGGAUGAGACCACGAGACGAUGGCGACACUUGGUCCUCGACCAUUACCGGUGGAUCCCGGCUGAAGAGCUAGAGAUCCGACCCUCAGACAACGAAGCAAAUGCUAUCAUCAGCCACAACUUCACGCUGCUACAUCGAGCGCAGCUCGUUCACCCGAACGUCGCGCAUCCGCCUAUGCGGGUUGGCGCGAUGCAGUCGCUAGCCUUUGGAGAGAGCCCACAACAAUUCAUACCACUGAAUCACGAACCAUCCGCUGCACCCCCCGACGCCGCGCCAGUCGUCCGAAGAAACCCGCCACGCGCAGCGCGAGCUCAGAAACGAACUCGGUCUCCCGACGUUGCCAAAGAAAGUCGCAAGCGUCGUCGCGGGGACGAUGUGCCGCCAGUGAAGACGACAGUAUCGCGCCCAUCAUCGGGGCCAAGGAGAAAGCGUACCAGACGUAUGGCGGCGGAAGUGCACAAGAUGCGGUGCGAGGCCGAAGACGCCCGGAGACUCGUCGCGGAGACGCAUGAGACGAUAACGCUAGCUGCUGCCAGUGUCAAGAACCUUGUACAGGACAUCGAUAUGAUCAGCGCCCAUCGCCCGACUCCAACCUUGCGCCAGGAGGCCUCGAGAAACAAUGCCGUUAUACCUACACCCAACUAUAUCGAUGGUGACGCCUCGCCUCAAGAUCUCAGACUGCCACAACCCGCGAUUCCGAAACCACCCAGUAUCAAGACGGGCAUCGCCGCCUCAAGACCGACACAGACCGUUGGUUCAACGGAUACCUGCGGGUUAUACUCCGCUACAGACAGCCGUGCUCUUGUCAAGGCCCUUUCUGACCGGGGGAACAUCGGUGGUUGCACAUGCCGACCGACUCUCGUACAAAGGAGACGCAUCGACAAAACGAAGUUCCUGCGGCCCAAAGUUCGCAUUGGCAUUGACGCGCAUGGUGUGCCGUUUCGAGACUGGGACGAACGUCCGUUGGAAGAGGAAGACGACGACGACGACGACGACGCAGGUGAGAUCCGAUGGCACAAGCGGGAGAGCAUCGUCAUCUCUAAACUCUACGAUCACGACCGCGGGUACGUUCUCGAGCCCACGCUGCCUGUAUCGCGUCGCCCGCGACGUCGCAGGGUGUUUGCAAAGCAGUUUAGAACCCAAUCUCGUCACAUAACUCCGGUGGUCUUCGACGCAUUGGAGGGGUGGCACGUAGAGAUGGGGCGAUGCGAGAACUGCCUCAUCAGGGCCAUGCGGUCGUUACCAUUGUGGGUUGUUGGCGUGAAGUCGACCCACCACGAGGGAUUUGAGGAUGGGUCGCCCGUCUUCGUCAAUGCCGCAAGGGACGAGAUGGUCGAAUGGGAUGCAGACAUUAGGGGAUGGCGACAUCUGAUACUCGACUAUUAUCGGUGGAUACCUGUCGAAGAACUGGAGGUCAGACCCUCCGACAGCGAGGCCAAUCCCAACAUUGUAAACGGGACGCGUAGCGUGCCCCUCCCGCUACCGGCAUGCAUUUUUUACGACGAUUAAUUAUAUUCUGUCUGUCGCUAGCGAUCUCGUCAUGUAAUAUUCACUGUAGAAC